AUGGCCGCCGGGCGUGUGGAGGACGCUGCGCUGCGAGCCGCGCUCUCUCCGUCUCCCGUCUGCUGACCGCGCCGCGGCGGGUUUGCCUUCCCCCGGAGCUGCUCGGCCGGGCGGCGAGACGGUACUGGGGUAGAGACAGCCGCAGCUCUCUGCCAACAUGUCGGUCCUGAUAUCGCAGAGUGUGAUCAAUUACGUGGAAGAGGAAAACAUCCCUGCCCUGAAAGCCCUUCUGGAGAAAUGCAAAGACGUGGACGAGAGAAACGAGUGCGGCCAGACCCCGCUGAUGAUAGCUGCCGAGCAGGGCAGCCUGGAGAUCGUGAAGGAGCUGAUCAAGAACGGAGCCAACUGCAACCUGGAGGACCUGGAUAACUGGACCGCGCUUAUAUCGGCCUCCAAAGAAGGGCACCUGCACAUCGUGGACGAGCUGCUGAAGUGUGGGGCGAACCUGGAGCACCGCGACAUGGGAGGAUGGACGGCUCUGAUGUGGGCGUGUUACAAAGGCCGGACUGACGUGGUCGAGUUGCUGCUUUCGCAUGGAGCCAACCCCAGCGUCACUGGUCUGCAGUACAGCGUCUACCCCAUCAUCUGGGCGGCCGGCAGAGGCCACGCAGACAUAGUGCAGCUGCUGCUGCAGAACGGCGCCAAGGUCAACUGCUCCGACAAGUACGGAACCACCCCUCUGGUCUGGGCCGCGCGCAAGGGCCACCUGGACUGUGUGAAGCACCUCCUGGCCAUGGGAGCCGACGUGGACCAAGAAGGCGCUAAUUCAAUGACUGCCCUCAUCGUGGCUGUGAAAGGAGGCUACACACAGUCAGUGAAGGAGAUCCUGAAGAGGAACCCCAAUGUGAACCUGACCGACAAGGACGGGAACACGGCGCUGAUGAUCGCGUCCAAGGAGGGCCACACGGACAUCGUGCAGGACCUGCUCGACGCCGGCACCUACGUGAACAUCCCCGACAGGAGUGGGGACACCGUGCUGAUUGGCGCCGUCAGAGGCGGCCACGUGGAGAUCGUCCGCGCGCUGCUCCAGAAGUACGCGGACAUCGACAUUCGAGGGCAGGACAAUAAAACUGCUCUGUACUGGGCUGUGGAGAAAGGAAACGCGACCAUGGUGAGAGACAUCUUGCAGUGCAAUCCCGACACGGAAAUAUGCACAAAGGACGGCGAGACGCCGCUGAUAAAGGCGACCAAGAUGCGGAACAUCGAGGUGGUGGAGCUGCUGCUGGACAAGGGGGCGAAGGUGUCCGCCGUGGACAGGAAAGGAGACACCCCCCUGCACAUCGCCAUCCGCGGGAGGAGCCGGAAGCUGGCAGAGCUGCUCCUGAGGAACCCCAAGGACGGCCGGCUGCUCUACCGGCCCAACAAGGCGGGCGAGACGCCCUACAACAUCGACUGCAGCCACCAGAAGAGCAUCCUGACGCAGAUCUUCGGGGCCAGACACUUGUCUCCCACGGAAACGGACGGCGACAUGCUGGGCUACGACCUGUACAGCAGCGCCCUGGCGGACAUCCUCAGCGAGCCGACCAUGCAGCCGCCCAUCUGCGUGGGGCUGUACGCGCAGUGGGGCAGCGGCAAGUCCUUCCUCCUCAGGAAGCUGGAGGAUGAGAUGAAGACCUUCGCGGGGCAGCAGAUCGAGCCGCUCUUCCAGUUCUCGUGGCUGGUUGUGUUCCUGACGCUGCUGCUCUGCGGGGGCCUGGGCCUGCUGUUCGCCUUCACGGUCGACCUCACCCUUGGAGUAGCCGUGUCGCUGAGCUGCCUGGCUCUCCUGUACAUCUUCUUCACCGUCAUUUACUUCGGUGGCCGGAGGGAAGGCGAGAGCUGGAACUGGGCCUGGGCGCUCAGCACCCGGCUGGCCAGGCACAUUGGGUACCUGGAGCUGCUGCUCAAGCUGAUGUUCGUGAACCCGCCCGAGCUGCCGGAGCAGACCACGAAGGCUCUGCCCGUGAGGUUCCUGUUCACGGAUUACAACCGCCUGUCCAGCGUCGGCGGGGAGACGUCGAUGGCGGAGAUGAUCGCCACCCUCUCGGACGCUUGCGAGAGGGAGUUCGGCUUCUUGGCCACCAGGCUCUUCCGAGUGUUCAAGACGGAGGACGCGCAGGGAAAGAGGAAGUGGAAGAAGACGUGCUGCCUCCCGUCCUUCGUCAUCUUCCUGUUCGUGCUGGGCUGCGUGGUGGCGGGAGUCACGCUCCUGGCCGUCUUCCGAGUGGACCCGAAGCACCUGACCGUGAACGCCGUCCUCAUCGCCAUCGCGGCCGUCGUGGGGCUGGCCUUGGUGCUGAACUGCCGCACCUGGUGGCAGGUGCUCGACUCGCUGCUCAACUCCCAGCGGAAGCGCCUCCACAGCGCCGCCUCCCGGCUGCACAAGCUGAAGAGCGAGGGCUUCAUGAAGGUUCUCAAGUGCGAGGUGGAGCUGAUGGCCAGGAUGGCCAAGGCCAUCGACAGCUUCACGCAGAACCAGACCCGGCUGGUGGUCAUCAUCGACGGGCUGGACGCCUGCGAGCAGGACAAAGUGCUGCAGAUGCUGGACACGGUCCGAGUGCUGUUUUCCAAAGGGCCGUUCAUCGCCAUCUUUGCGAGCGACCCGCACAUCAUCAUCAAGGCCAUCAACCAGAACCUCAACAGCGUGCUGCGCGACUCCAACAUCAACGGCCACGACUACAUGCGCAACAUCGUGCACCUGCCCGUGUUCCUCAACAGCCGGGGGCUGAGCAGCGCCAAGAAGUACCUCGUCGCUUCCACCACCAACGGGGACAUCCCCUGCCCGGACGCCGCAGGGACACAGGACGACGCCGACAGAAGAGUCUCCCAGAUCAGCCUUGGAGACAUGGCCAAGCUUGGCAGCAAGACAGCCCUCAAUAGGCGGGACACUUACCGCAGGAGGCAGAUGCAGCGCACCAUCACCCGGCAGAUGUCCUUCGACCUGACGAAGCUGCUGGUGACGGAGGACUGGUUCAGUGACAUCAGUCCUCAGACCAUGCGGAGACUCCUCAACAUCGUUUCCGUGACAGGGCGGCUGCUGAGAGCCAAUCAGAUUAGUUUUAACUGGGACCGCCUUGCCAGCUGGAUCAACCUCACGGAGCAGUGGCCGUACCGCACGUCCUGGCUCAUCCUGUACCUGGAGGAGACGGAAGGGAUUCCGGAUCAGAUGACCCUGAAAACCAUCUACGAAAGAAUCUCAAAGAACAUUCCGACGACGAAGGACGUGGAGCCGCUGCUGGAGAUAGACGGGGACAUCAGGAACUUCGAGGUGUUCUUGGCUUCGCGGACGCCCGUGCUGGUGGCUCGCGACGUGAAGACCUUCCUGCCCUGCACCGUGAACCUGGACCCCAAGCUGCGGGAGAUCAUCGCCGAUGUCCGCGCCGCCAGAGAGCAGAUUAACAUCGGAGGCCUCGCGUAUCCCCCGCUGCCCUUACACGAAGCUGCCCCCCGGCCAGCGUCCGGCUACAGCCAGGCCCCGUCCGUCUGCUCCUCGUCCACCUCCUUCAACGGCCCCUUCGCCGGGGGCAUGGUGUCCCCGCAGCCGCACAGCAGCUACUACAGCGGGAUGACGGGGCCCCAGCACCCCUUCUACAACAGGCCAUUCUUUGCCCCAUACCUUUACACGCCACGGUAUUACCCUGGCGGUUCCCAACAUCUCAUCUCACGUCCAACAGUAAAAUCGAAUUUGUCCAGAGAUCAAAGCAAUGGCCUAGGCUCGGGCCCGGUCCCCGGCGCGGGGGCGCUGAGCGCGAUGACCGUGGAUGCCGUGUGCGAGCGGCUGAAGCAGAUCGAGGGGCUGGAGCCGAGCAUGCUGCCGCAGUACUGCGCCACCAUCCGCAAGGCGAACAUCAACGGCCGCGUGCUGGCGCAGUGCAACAUCGACGAGCUGAAGAAGGAGAUGAACAUGAACUUCGGAGACUGGCAUCUCUUCAGGAGCACAGUGCUGGACCUGAGGAGCGCCGAGCACCAGGUGGCCGCGGAGGACCUGCGUCUGCUCAAUGAGAACAACAGCGGCCCCGCGCCCCCGGGGGAGGCGGCGCGCAGGCCCCCCCACGAGCUGCCGCACACCGAGCUCUCGGGCCAGGCCCCCUACACCCUCAACUUCAGCUUCGAGGAGCUGAACACGCUGGGCCUGGACGAGGGCGCCCCGCGGCACAGCAACCUCAGCUGGCAGUCCCAAACGCGCAGAACGCCCAGCCUCUCGAGCCUCAACUCCCAGGACUCCAGCAUCGAGAUCUCCAAGCUGACGGACAAGGUGCAGGCCGAGUACCGAGACGCCUAUAGGGAGUACAUUGCGCAGAUGUCGCAGUUAGAAGGGGGGCCGGGCUCCGCGGCCGUCAGUGGCAGGUCCUCCCCUCACAGCACAUGCUACAUGGGGCCCAGCUCCUCGGGGGGCUCCCUCCACUCCGCCCUGGAGCCGGAGAAGGCCAAGGACGGCGAGCCGAAGCCGGAGGAUGGGCGGAAGCCGUUCCUGAUGAAGAGGGCCGACGUCCUCGAUUACUCCUCGUCCGGGGUCUCCACCAGCGACGCCUCCCCCCUGGACCCCAUCACUGAGGAGGACGAGAAGUCCGACCAGUCCGCCAGCAAGCUCCUCCCGGGCAGGAAGUCCUCCGAGAGGCCCAGCCUCUUCCAGACGGACCUGAAGCUCAAGGGCGGGGGCCUGCGCUACCAGAAGCUUCCCAGCGACGAGGACGAGUCUGGCCCGGAAGAGUCCGACAACACGCCCCUGCUCCGCGACGACAAGGACAGGAAGGCCGAGGGCCGGGCGGAGAGGGCGGCCCGGUCCCCGGAGCGCGGCGCCGAGCCCAUCCGCACCUUCAUCAAGGCCAAGGAGUACCUGUCGGACGCCCUGCUCGACAAGAAGGACUCGUCCGACUCGGGCGUGCGCUCCAGCGAGAGCUCGCCCAACCACUCGCUGCACAACGAGGCGGGCGACGCGCGGCUGGAGAAGGCCAACCUCAUCGAGCUGGAGGAGGACGGCCCGGCGCCGCGGGGGCUGCCGCGCAGCCUGAGCGGCCUGCCGGACGCCGGCCUCGCCCGCAUGUCCAUCUGCUCCGAGGACAAGCAGAGCCCGUCCGAGUGCAGCCUGAUGGCCAGCAGCCCCGAGGAGGGCUGGCCCGCCUGCCCCAAGGCCUUCAACCUCAACCGCACGCCCAGCACCGUGACCCUCAACAACAACAGCGCCCCGGCCAGCAGGGCCGACCGGAGCCUCGACGAGCGGGAGGGGCCCCGCGACACGGCCCCCGUGCUCCUGCGGCCCAGCCCCAGCUCCACGGCCCUGCAGAAUGAGAACCUGAGGAGCCUGGCGCCCAAGCGGGGCCCGCGGGCCAGCUACGCCCGGCUCUCCAAGGAGUCCUCCGAGCUCCUGGCCGCUGCCGACAGCACCGGCUUCGGGGAGGAGAGGGAAAGCAUCCUUUAGGGACCCCGCAGGGGGCGCCCCGAGGCCGUGACAGCGCCGACCGGGUUGUAGGGCGAGGGCACCCUUUCAUUCCCAUAGGAGCGCGGGGCCGUGGGGUGGGGAGAGGACACGCGCACACAGCAGGAGGGCCGCUGCGGCUCAGUCUGCCCGUUGCCUUUGUAAUUAGCUUUCACACUCACCGUUGUUUUAACUUCCAUCGGCACAGACCCCAUAGAAAUGCUUGAGACCAUCGGAGGAUAAGGAUCGGUCCGGUAUCUUACUCACAUAUGAAGGCUGUGAUUUGCCAAAGAAAACAGCCCCCUCGGACCGCUCACAGGUGCUGAGGGGAGGCUGGGUGUGAGACGAACCAGAGCCCAGGUCGCUUUUAGCGGCAAAAGAUAAGGACUGACGGGUGUGGAGUGGCCCAGAGACGAGGCAGACAGAACAGCGCAGAUGCCGUGGAAGUAGUCCGAUUGCUUAUCAAAGGGUUUUAACUGUAAGUGGGAAAUUCAUGACAAAAGCGUUUUAAAACUGAUGAGAAAGUGGGUCCAAAGCCCCAGUCGCGCCUCAGGGGCUGCGGUGUGGCCUGUAGGGCGGGGCCGUGACCUCCCCACGACCUGGGCGCUCGUCUCUCUGGUCUCGGCCCGGCUUCCGGCAGGCCACCGGCCUGGGACCGCCUGUCUGCUCGGUAACUGAAUCGUGUGCCCAGCGUCCCCCUCCGUGCCUGGCAAUGAGGGGGCCCUGACUCGCGGGAGAAGAGGCGCGCUCAGAAGUAUCCGUGGAUGGAGAGGAGGAGGGAACAGUGUGUCAGAACUGCACGUGGCCUCCCGUCCCGGGGAGCUGAGCGCUUUCAUCUUCUAAAUCAGCAUGUUAAUUCGGGGGGUGGGGGGAGGUCCUAAGAAGGAAGUUUUUUAAAAAGUCGAACAACAUACAAAGCAAGGGUGACGAGGGCGAAGCUGGUGUGGCUGUGGCCUCCCGGCUGUGGGCGAGGAGGAGGAUGGCGUUGGAGGUUCCGUGGGCGGGACCCCGCCAGGCGCGGGGAUUUCUAACUCACGUAGAUGAAUUCUUGCAGCGUGGCGGUCUCGAGAUGUUAGAUGUGACUGUAGAGUGUGAGACCUAGAUCCAGUGUCACACCGUGAUGGUUCCACUUCACGACCUUCAUCCAUGUGCGAUAAGUUGUUGGCUUGACCAGCCAUUGUGCAGUGUAGUUGCUGUUUGGGGUCUCCCUGCCUGAGGCUCACGUGUCUAACUUUUUCCUAGCGUGUUGUUUUGCACGACCCUAACCGUGUUGUGACCAGUCAGCAGAGGCAGGAUGUUCGACCUCGGAUACUGAAACGCUAGCUUUAGGGUUUCUGUGUGGAGCGUGCAGUGCCGUGUAGUCAGUAAUUGUCUCCGAGGAGCACCUCCCUCCCGGGGAGCGGAUGCCGCUCGGGGCACGCAGGGUGCCGAUGCUGCUUGUGACGUGCGCACUGUGGUUCUCGGUGUACAAAAAACUAGAAAAUAAAGAGAUUGCAUGCGA